AUGAGCAUGACAACUGACAGAGAUGCCCUAUCUGUCAGAGACAUGUGCCAGUUUUAUGAUAUGAAAGAUGAAAAUUAUGUCACUGAAUACCGAAGGCUUUUGUACAAGCAGCCCAGUUUGCUAAAUGGAAGGAAAGAUGUCAUCACGGUGACCCCAUGGCUUGCUCCGGUGGUGUGGGAGGAAACAUUUGACACAACUCUGAUUGAUGCCAUCUACAAAAUGCAGAACAUCACCGUGGCAACCACUGUGUUUGCUCCCGGGAAAUACGUAUGGUUCCUUAAGGACUUCCUGGAGUCAGCAGAGAGGCACUACAUGCAGGGUUACCAUGUGCAUUAUUACAUCUUUACGGACCAGCCAGAGGCAGUUCCUAUGGUAACACUGGGUGCCAACCGUAGUUUGACUACAUUGAAAAUUCCAAGCUCAAACCGCUGGCAGGAGAUCACAUUACACAGGAUGGAGAAGCUCCAGAAACUCAUUAAGACCCAACUGACCAAUGAGGUCGACUACAUGUUCAGCCUCAAUGUGGAUACCAAAUUCUCUGGUCACUGGGGUGCGGAGACUCUGGGUGAUAUUGUUGCUGUGAUACACCCUGGUUAUUACAGUAGACCAUACGAUGAGUUCCCAUAUGAGAGGAGGCCUGAGUCACAGGCCUACAUUCCUCAGGGGAUGGGAGAUUAUUACUAUGGUGGUGCGGUGUUUGGUGGUCGAGUGGAAGAGGUGCACAGACUCGUUAAAACUUGCCUCAUGCAGCUGGACUUGGACAAGGCCAAUUCUAUUGAAGCAAUGUGGCAUGAGGAGUCUCACCUGAACAAGUACUUCCUGUACAACAAACCCACCAAGAUCCUGUCACCUGAGUACCAGUGGCAGGAAUUUAAAUUCAAAAUCAAUGAUAUAAAAAUCAUUCGUGUUUCACAAGUCACUCCAAACCUCACUGAGAUGAACCCUGACUUCUUAUCCAACUCCAUGUGA